AUGCUUAGAUUUUCACAAGCCUCUGAUCCCAGUCCUCUUCAGGACUUCUGUGUUGCUGUCAAUGAUUCUAAAGCUGCUGUGUUUGUGAAUGGGAAUUUCUGCCAGGACCCAAAGAUGGCCACGGCUAAUGAUUUUUUCUUCCCCGGGCUCAACAUCCCUGGUAACACGUCUAAUAAACUCGGGUCCAUGGUCACGCCUAUCCUCACUGUCAUGGAAGGCACCCUCUAUGUGGGAUUUGUUACUUCCAACCCCGAUAAUCGUCUCAUAAGCAAGGUCCUAUGCCAAGGAGAUGUGUUUGUGUUCCCUAUUGGUCUCAUUCACUUCCAGCUAAAUGUUGGAAACACACCUGUCGUAGCUAUUGCAGCAUUGAGCAGUCAGAAUCCAGGAGUAAUCAGCAUUGCAAAUGUAGUGUUCGGCUCGAAGCCAACUAUCUCUGUUGAUGUUCUCACCAAGGCCUUCCAGGUUGACAAAAAUGUGGUUAACUAUCUUGAAGCUCAGUUCUGGAUUGAUAACAAUGGGCACUAA